AUGCCGUCUAGGAACGGAGGCAGCUCUGCUCCAAGCGAUGCAGUUCUUGGUGUACUUCAGCUGCUCUCUGAGGAUAACAAAGAGAUGCAUAGAUACAAUAUCCACAAGACUACGACGACGAUGGGCCGUGCCUUGACAAACGAUGUGCGUCUGUUGUUGGAGGAUGUGAGUCGUCAGCAUUGUACGAUCGAGUUUUGUGAAGAAAAUGAUGCUGUUCUUCAUGUGCUUGGGUCAAAUGGUGUCUGGCAUAAUGAUGUACACAUGAAACCAAAUACGUCCGAUGGCAAGCGCAUUCAUUUAGCUAAUGGCGACAAAGUGAAAAUCUCUGCGCAUACAUUGUUAUUCUCAUAUAUACAAAGACAGCCCAAACCACUAAUGACAGAGGGUCUAGCUAGGUCUGAAGCGACGGCUGGUCUAGCAGCGCUGGCAAAGUCGCCGCCUACUACACCGCGCCGUCAGAGCGCACGUCUCAGGGCCCGUGCAAGUAUGCCAUCUCUCCCCACGGCAUGGACACCUCAACUUGCCAAGCGACCCAUUCCGCUCGUCCAGCAGGCGCAUAUCUCGCAGAUGAGCACGACCCCCGAUGCCCAAAUUGCACAAGGAUUACGUGCAUACAGUGCAGCUAGUAAAUCAUCUGAAACCGAACCUGGUACACCCAAGGCUACGAAGCACAAAUCUUCACCCGCUAAGCCAAACAGUAUAAAUGCCUCUACUUCCACUCAGGUCGGUCAUGCAACGCAAAGAAGUCCCAGUUACAAUAUAUCAAAGCAGGAGGUAUUAGAUACUGAGAUUCCCGAAGGGCCCAGCCAACCUGUUGUUCCCUCGCGUGACUCAGAGAACAACGAUUCUUCCGACUCUUGUGGCAUCGCAAGUGUGCAGUCAUCGCUAAUGGCACGUUCCACAUCAGAUCCAGAUGAAGCUCCCCAAAAGAAUGCAAAUGCGGAUGCCAUGAAUGAAACGUCGUCGGAGUCUUCCGAUAAAACGAUGGCACUCGAUUCCCUGAAUGAAAGCGUCAAGAAUAGGUCUACUGAGCAAGUUCAUUCCCAACUGACGACAAGUCCUGCUUUCCCGGUCAAAUCCCAAAAAGCAAACGACAGCAUGGAAACAGACGACAUGAGCCAUGCGUCUGGACAAGCCCGUCCGUCAUGCUGGAACCAGCCAUCCACGUCCGAUGAAACAGAUUCCUCAGCUCCAGUGCUCGCUCCAUCCGAGCUGCCUGGGCAAGAUAUCAUGACAAGUAUCAGCAAGCCCACGAGUAACAAUCAAGUCCAGCUAUCCACUGAUACGCAUGUUCCCUCGGAAACGAAAAGUCCGCUUCCUAUGCAGGAUGCCUCGGAUCAGCACACACCCAAUCCUGAGCACAAAAAUUUAGAAUCUAGCCAAUCUAGUGCAAUGCCCUUCGAGCGACCCGAGUCCGACUUGACAUUGUGCUUUGAUGCCCUUGAAGAAGCUCAGCAAGAUGCACAACCACCUGUUUCGUCGACGCCAUUGACGACGUCAAGAUACCCACAGUCAUCAUCUCUGACCAGUCGAUCUGCGAUGCCAAUUACGUGGUCGCCGGAAAAGACGCGUAAAGUCAGCCUGCGCACGGCUACUUUGCUGAAGCGCAGCUCUCAAUAUCCCAUCGUGCCAUUAUCUCCUGUUUCCGCUAAUGUUCCUACUUCUCCUUCGACGCCACCGAAGUCAACUCCUCCAAUACAAUAUCCUACGUCCACGGGCUCGAAAGACAUGGACCUGAGCCUAAGACACACAUCCGAGAUGAUGAUGACGUCCUCGGAUGAAGAAGAUGAAGCGGAAGUUGAAUCCAGCUUUGAGUUGCAAAUCGCACCAAAGUCACCGGAAGCGAUUUCUCUGCAACGUCCUAAUACUGCCCCUUUUCUAACUCCACAGGCAAGACGGAUGGAAAAGCCUGUCGUCACGCGUCGCCUCUCUUGUGCUGAUCCGACGUCACCUCGAAGGCCAGUGCCAGCGUUGAAGCAUCGCUCGUCCUGGGUUUGGCUCAAGGAUUUACUGUCGCCUUCAAAGAAAGUACAGCAGCCAAUUGACGUGCCAGAGUUGAAACAGGAAAUCGAGUCCGGCGAAACAUCAGCGCCAGAGGCACAGCGUCAUGCUUGGAAAGCAACUGACGAAUCACCGAGUCAUGAAGAGUCUGCACUGACUCAGGAACAGAAGGAGAAGAUCCGUUGUCCUUUUGAAGUUCCAAAAGAUAAUCAUCAACACCAUGUGAGCAAACUGACAGACGAAAAUGCUACAGCUAAAGAACUCGUGUGCACAGAGUCGCACAAGGAGACAGCUUCAAAGCCAGUGGAGUCUCAUCAGCAUCAAGAGGAUGAAAAGCAUUCACGGCUUGAACGGCAUACACAGAGUGAACAGGCAAUACAACAAGCACUUGCAUCAAGUCCCUUAUCCAGCACGGAGGGAUGGCGCAAACAGCGCAUACUCACGGAAAUGAUGCCGAAAGUAGACCACGCAAGACAGAGUGAGCAAUGCCAUGAAAAGCAAUCCAAAGACCUGCAUCUGGAUCAUGAAGAAGAGUUCUUUGACGCUAGCCAUGACGUACAAGACUUGAAUGUGGAGCCGAAGACUUUGCUGGUCACAACGUCGGGCCAAGAUGCGUCAGUACUGUCUGGUUCUCUGGUUGAAGCAGAAACGCGACAGGCUUCGGGUCAUGUACCACAGACGCCGGAUAUGCGGGACCUUAAGCAUAUGUUUGCCGAGCCGAAGUAUGUGGUUCCGAUGGAAUCUGCUAUGGGAAACUUCCGCCACUUCAUGAACAAGCAGGAGCAGCAGCAACGACCAGUGUCUGAUGUGAGUCUAAGCAGUGCAUGGACAAUGAUAGAGACCGGCCAUUGUGAAGAUGAUCGUCAUUCUCUUCAGCGUGCACACAAUAUGCCACCAAGCCAAAGAACGGUGGUAACUGCUAACGGUCCUAUCACUAGCCCCACUACUGGUCCAACUCCAGAAACCGUGCCUAUAAUGGCGCAUGUUCCCGGUCAGGGAACGUUGGCAAAUGAGCCCAGCGAGGCACGUAAGAGAGUUGCCUCGGCACUUAAACAACAAGACCCGUCAAGUCGCAAAACUUCACUGCCUUCGACAUCAAAGCCAGAAAAGACACAAGAAACUAGACAACCGCCUGUCAUGCAUCAUCAUACCGACACUUCUGAUAUCAUGAAGCAUCGUGUGACACGUAGUGUUCCUAAGAAAGAGCCAUACGUGCCAGUGCGGCGACAACUUCCUCCACGGAAUGCUGUGAAAAUGUCGCGUAUCGGAUCGCUUUCUACGUCGGCUACACGAGGGGCUGGAGUAGAAAACGGAACGGCAGCACCACGCCAAGCCCGCCCACUAGCUCCAACAACCCGGGGUAACACCGGUGUCAAUACAACAAGGCUACCAGCAACGUCUUCCUCGUCAACGUCAUCUCUACCAAUUGCACGAGGCACACGACUAGCAAACAUGCGAACCAAAUCUCAACGAAGUGACACAGGCCCUUCCUCAAUGCAUCGUCUGUGA